AUGGAGCAUUCAGAUUCAUCAGUCGAACGGCCGACCAAGAGAGUACGACAGGCAUGUGAACCUUGCAGGCGCAAAAAGGCCAAGUGCCCUGGAGAACAUCCAGUGUGCUCUUUAUGUGCCAGGCUACGACAAAUUUGUGUCUAUGCGGAGGAAAGACGGCGACCUCAAACGCUCGAGGAGCCAUCAAGAGCUAGUCCAGGCGUCUCAACAUCAAACGCCCAGGCAUUGGAAGACCGACUGAGGAGUCUUGAGGGGAAGCUUGGCGUGGUUAUUGACCACCUUGGCGUCGGCUCACGAGAGAAGAGUGCUACGUCCAACGCUGGUCAAUUAUUUGAUCGUUCGAAUGUGUCUGGCUCGAGUGUAUCCACGACGUUACCCCCUUGGGAGGAUGUCGUGGAAGUAGCAGAGCUGUAUCUGCUUUACUGUGAAUCGCAGCCUUUGCCCAUAUUUCACACGAGCAAUUUCAUCGGCAGCCUUCAGACCAGAGAUAUCGAGAUUGUCUAUGCCAUUUUAGCCUUGUGUCUGAGGUUCUCCAGUACGCAUCGCAAUGCGCCGGAUCUGCCCGAAAGGGUCAACGGCUACGCCGAAGUUGCACGCGCGCUGGUCAUGAAGCGAGUCUCAGAAGGACCCGUUGAGAUUUCUACCCUUCAAUGCCUAUGCCUUUUGAGCAUGGUUGAUUUUACCAAUGGUAAUACGCACCGCUCAAGUAUCCACAGCAGUUUAGCGAUGAAUCUUGCUCAGUGUGCGAAUCUCGGCCAGGAACCUCGUACACCCAUGAGCAACGUUAAGCGGGAGGAACGCCGGCGAUGCUUUUGGAGCAUAUGUCUCUUGAAAAGGCUUCACGGAGGGGACUUCUCGAUCGAUAUUCCCGAAGUGGGAGGUCCAGCAUAUCCGCAAAGUCCUUCUCGUCCUGCGCGGAUCCUCUCCCCCGGCCCGGCGCAUGCUGAAUCCAGAAGGAGCGACAUUCAAGAUCAAGGGAUUCUCGCCUAUGUCAUCAUGCUGAGUGAAGCCUUUGCACGAACUGGACGAUAUGUUCGCCUUCACGGGCGACCCAGCAAUGUGCCCCCUUGGUCCCCACACUCUGAAUACUCAAAAAUUAUUGCUUUGCAAAUGGAUCUAGAGACUAAGAUGCCCCUUACCCAUCGAUUCAAGCCAGCGAAUCUUGGCGAUCGAUCCCAUGAAGAGCUCCAAGCUCAUCGUGAUUAUUGGGGCCCAUGGUUCCUGAAUCAAUUCAUGUACCAUACCAUGCUAUGCCUACUCAACCAUCCGCUUCUCCUAUCACUCAGUCUACGAACCUUCCGAAGCACCAUCCCCGAAAUCUUUCUGCAGCAUACAUCCGAUCUGAUAUCCUCCCACACUACCUGGAUUAUCCACUUCAUCAACUACUUUGAAGAGAAAAACUUCUUCGUCUCAGACCCCCUGCUAGGAUACAGUGCAGCAGUAGUUGCGACCAUUGAGCUGCAGCUCAGCUUCACCGACAACCAAACCAUCCGCGAACAAAAGCGCGAACGCUUCACCAAAUGCGUCAAAUUUGUCCAACAACUUGGCGAGCAAUGGCCACACAUGGCCCGCCUCGCGCAAAGACUCCAACAUCUUGAAGACGCCGUCUCGUCAACUUAUCAAUCCGACCCCAACGCUCAGAAUCAAAGCCUGUUGAUCGACCUCUCAAAGUUCUGGGAAAUCCUCGAAUAUUCGUCCAACAGCGAUUCUGCAUCUGCUCGCCGUCUAUUCGGUGACUCGCUGUAUGCUGGCCCAUCCACAGCCAAUCCAGAAGUCUCGCAGACGUCGCCGCUGCCUGCGCCCACCCGGAUUGGUGAAGAGAGACCGGCGAGUUUACAAUCGCCCGGGACGUUUGCGGGCAAUGCGGCGGGGUUCGCAGACUACUCGGCGGCUUCAGUUGUGUCGCCGCAACAGUUGACCUUGACAAACGAUGAGUUCUCGAUUUUAGCAACCAAUUUCUUCUCGCAGGGCCAAGAGUUUUUGCGAAGCGGAGAUGCCUGGACGAAUUUUGGCAAUUUCUGA